AUGCGUUUCGACACGUUUCACGGUCCGGUGGAUAUACCGGGAUUUGUGAUCUAUGUGGUGUGGGCCAUGGUCACAAUAUUCAACCUCAGCCUAGUAGUGUUUCUCUGGCCCUACAGAAAACGCACGCUCGUCAAGCUCUUCAUGAGCCUUCUUUGCGCGGAUUUGAUUCAGGCGAUGAUUUCGAUCGUUGAGGCCGUCGGCAUCAAUGCAAUGCGGGAAUACAACUGGUGGUGUAGUGUGUCCGUGUCGGUCGAGGAAGCUUCUUGGACAAUCGCUGGAUACUCAUUAUUGCUCAUCACAUUGGAAAUAUUCUUCCGGAGCACGUGGCGACGUGGCUCGAAGCGGAGGAGCAUCCGUGGGAAGGCGGGAAUCGUGCUCCUAGUUCUGUGGUUCUUGAGCUUCAUCAUCAACUCUCUGACGAUUCCCUUCUACAAAAACGUCUGCAAUGCCCAUACGAUGGAUGAACUGUACUCGAUAGUCUACAAGAUUUCCCUCGCAUCGAUGAAUCUAUUGAUACCUCUAGCAUGGACGUUCCUCCUCCUCGUGAAGACGUCUCACAACCUCGAGACGAAUCUCCAUAUUCAUGACGAGUGGUCAAAAGAUCUGACAGUGAUUCUGGUAAUCAAUUUUACCGUGUGCUGGAUUGUGAAACAGCUGCCCACGAUCGUAUUCUGGGACUAUCGUCAGGUUUAUAUCGUAGUUGACAACUUGUCCUACGUCUUGUCCAACAUCCGAUGUCUUGUGGAUGCGAUGAUGAUCAUCUUAUUCUUCAAUGAAAUCACGUCGCUCGGGACUUGCGAAUGCGGCGGAGAACUGACCAAGCAGCUCCCCGGACAUCAGCACACUACAAGAACUCGCACGCCUCCCCCCAUAGCCGACGUGAACGAUUUAUAGAUUGUGGAAAUACAUGUAUUUUCGAAGUCACCGCUCAACGGAAUGGUGGAGACUGCGUCAUCGACACGAAGUUGGGGAAACUCCGACCAUUCCAAGGCAUGGGAGAAUCAUCAUAUAUUCCAUCCAUGACGAGUUUGUCUUGCGUGUUUGCAGAAUGAAAUGUGUGCAGAGUAAACAAGGGUUGCAAAAUAAAGUCAUAUACUCAUCCA